GGCUGGCGGCGGCUGGGUGCUGAGACGCGCCGCAUAGCAUAGCACAGCGAGCUUAGGACAGCGUAGCGUUAUGGCCGGCGAGCACUCUCGUAGUCUGGGCAAGGGCAGCUCGGCCCCGGGACCUGUGCCCCAGGGGGUGAUCCGGCUGUACAGCAUGAGGUUCUGCCCCUUCGCCCAACGGACGCGCCUCGUCCUCCGCGCCAAGGGCAUCAGCCAUGAAGUAAUCAACAUCAAUCUGAAGAACAAACCUGACUGGUUCUUUGAGAAGAACCCCUUUGGGCUGGUUCCUGUUCUUGAGACCAGCAAGGGCCAGCUGAUCUAUGAGUCCCCAAUCACUUGUGAAUAUUUGGAUGAAGCAUUUCCAGGGAAAAAGUUGAUGCCUUCAGACCCAUAUGAGCGAGCCUUUCAGAAGAUGCUCCUGGAACACUUCUCAAAGGUAACACCUGUGAUUUUCAAGUAUGUUGUGGCACUCAAAGAUGGACAGGAUACCACAGCACUGAAAGCAGAGAUUGUUGAAAAGUUUGGCAAACUUGAAGAGGUUCUGUCCAAACGCAACACUGUGUUUUAUGGUGGGGACUCAAUUUCCAUGCUUGACUACCUGAUCUGGCCAUGGUUUGAACGUCUGGAACCGUUCCAGCUCAAAGAUUCUUUGAGUCAUGCCCCAAAGCUCCAACACUGGAUGGAGGCCAUGAAGGAGGACCCUGCUGUCAAGGCUACAAUGACUGACCCACAGAUAUUCAAAAGUUACCUGCAGCUCUAUUUGAAGAACAGCCCUGAAGCAUGUGAUUAUGGGCUCUGAGGUGCCAGCAGGCACAUGCUCUCUGAAGUGUCAGUGCUUCUUUUCAGUAUGAUCUGUGGGAAUCUGGUGUAACUUGGUUAGGGCUCUGCUGUGGUUGCAUUUCAUAAUGGGGAAUAAGUCUGUGCUGAAAAGGCUGAGAAAUCUGUGAACUCCACUACUGUCAAAAGGAGGAGGAUGUGCUGGCUUCAUGUAGGAGAUGGAAAGUCAGUGCUGGCCAUGUAUAUCGUGUAAAGGAAAUCGUUGGCUUUACUCAGAGAUUAUGUGCCAUUAUCUCCAUCUCUUUGCAGGCUUCACUAUUGGGCAGUCUCUGAACUGACUCUGUUGCUUGGCUUAAAAAUUGUAAUACUGACAUCUUUAAAAGAAAUAAAAAGCAAACAGUAUCUUUCAA